CGUGGUCACACUAUUAAACCCAAAUUCGAUUUCGCUCAAAUUAAAGAGUUCUGUAUGAUUUCCUUUAAAGCCAAAAAGCCACAGAAAUAGCGUUAAACCAGACGAACUGUUCCCUAGCCCGAUCAGUAGGCCACUCGUUUUCCAGUUAAUUUCCCCGAGGUGACCAAAAUGCACCGCCCAUAGGAGCAGAGCAGCAGUUUUCCCGAACACGUAAUCCCCUAGAGAAAUCGCAACCCAAAAACCGAGCAAACCCAGAGAAAUCCUUCAGCUGCCAGUAAAAAACUCUAGGUAAAGUGUAAACACGAGUGUGGAGAAUGGUCAGAAAGCAAGUUGGAAUCGAACACAGCGCAUCCUUAGCAGUAAGCAAGCAGCAGGAUCAACGGGAGCAGGAGCAGACUCAGGAUCUCAAGCAGCAGGAUAAGAAGCCAAAGGAUCAGGAGCAGCAGCGCAUCGACUUGGACUUGACCCCCGAUCCGGCUAGGAACUUCAACUUCGCCCAGCAGGCGCAGGCCACCUACUCCGCCCGCACCCUAUCCAACAGCUAUGAGCACGGCCAGAAUCUCGGCCUGCAGCAUGCCCAUCUCGCCGCCAUGCCCUACGAGCUGCACGAGGUCGCCAGCUCCGGCUCCAUCCUGCCCACCGAGAUUCCCAUCGAGGACGAGGAGCGGCUGGAGAAGAUCUUCAACAAGCUGGACCGCGACGGCGACGGCAGGAUUGACAUCCACGACCUGUCGGCGGCGCUGCACGACUUCGGAUUGUCGAGCGUCUACGCGGAGAAAUUCCUUCAGCAGUCGGACAAGGAUCAGAGUGGCAACGUGGGCUUCGCCGAGUUCCUGCAUUAUGUGCGGGAGCAUGAGAAGAACUUGGUCCUGCAGUUCUCGCACCUAGAUAAAAACCGUGAUGGCAAAGUGGACCUGGAGGAGCUGAUUUCCGCAUUCAAGGACCUGGGCCUUGACAUUGACUUGGAUGAGGCCCGGAAUCUGCUUACCAGAAUGGACAAGGACGGCAGCCUGAACAUUAGCUUUAACGAGUGGCGCGACUUUAUGCUCUUGGCGCCCUCGACGGACAUUCACGACUUGAUUAAAUUUUGGCGGCACUCUACUUACCUCGACAUUGGCGAGGAUAUGAAUGUACCUGAUGACUUCACACAAAAGGAGAUGCAGACAGGCCUCUGGUGGCGACACUUGGUGGCGGGUGGCAUAGCCGGAGCAGUUUCCCGGACGUGCACAGCGCCGCUGGACAGGAUCAAAGUGUACUUGCAGGUACAAACGCAAAGAAUGGGAAUCUCAGAGUGCAUGCACAUCAUGCUGAACGAAGGCGGAUCGCGGAGCAUGUGGCGAGGCAAUGGCAUCAAUGUGUUGAAGAUUGCCCCCGAAACUGCCUUCAAGUUCGCUGCCUACGAGCAGAUGAAGCGACUGAUCCGCGGCGAAGAUGCCAGUCGGCAGAUGAGCAUCGUGGAGCGUUUCUACGCGGGCGCUGCGGCGGGCGGAAUUUCACAGACCAUCAUCUACCCCAUGGAAGUAUUAAAGACGCGCCUGGCGCUCCGGAAGACGGGUCAGUACGCGGGCAUUGCCGAUGCCGCUGCCAAGAUCUACAAGCACGAGGGAGUGCGCAGCUUCUACCGCGGCUACGUGCCCAACAUUCUGGGCAUCCUGCCCUAUGCCGGCAUCGAUCUGGCGGUGUACGAGACUCUCAAGCGACGGUACAUUGCCAACCACGACAACAACGAGCAGCCCAGCUUCCUGGUGCUCCUCGCCUGCGGCAGUACAUCGAGCACGCUGGGACAGCUGUGCUCCUACCCGCUGGCCCUGGUGCGCACUCGGCUACAGGCUCAAGCCGCCGAAACCAUUGCCAAUCAGAAGCGGAAGACGCAGAUACCCCUGAAGAGCAGCGAUGCGCACAGCGGCGAGGAGACGAUGACGGGACUCUUCCGCAAGAUCGUGCGGCAGGAGGGUCUGACGGGGCUGUACCGCGGCAUCACGCCCAACUUCCUCAAAGUGCUGCCGGCGGUGUCCAUCAGCUACGUAGUGUACGAGUAUACGAGUCGCGCCCUGGGCAUCAAGAUGUCGUGAGAUGUCUGUCUGCCCCAAUCUCGCUCCGAUCAGGUCAACGCGGCUCGACUCGGCCCGGUCGUCCGGCUGUGGCUCCGCUCUGCAGGGCGGAUCGGGCUGCGGCCGGGCAGGCGGCUGGUGAUCCUGCCCAAGCUGUGCUCUAUUUGUAUAGU